GCAUAAAGAUUAACGGUCAGCAACAUAACACUAGCUGUUUGCUCGCUGAGCUUGUGAACUCUUGGUCGAGCAGACAUUAAAGGACAAGGCCAGGCGGCACAGAUCAUAUGUCUACAUGUCAUCAGGGUGGGGGUGAUGCACAAGCUUCUCUUGCUCAGUUACAUUAAAAUGAGCGUCUGAAAUACAUCACACUGCUCAUGACACAAGUCGGGGAUCUUCCUGGAUCUUCUAGUUUUCCCUCAUGAUGGACGCGCUUCCAAAGGACUUCCUCAGAAGAACCCGUUGUGACAGUGCCGCUUCACGGCCCCAGUUUACAAACUGCCCUACAAUGAUUGUGAUGAUUGGACUGCCGGCCAGAGGUAAGACCUACAUCUCCAAAAAGUUAACCCGGUACCUAAAUUGGAUUGGAGUCCCAACUCAAGUAUUUAAUUUGGGUCAGUAUCGAAGGGAGGCUGUGCAGACAUACAAGAACUAUGAAUUUUUUCGUCCGGACAAUGAGGAGGCCAUGAAAAUACGCAGAGCCUGUGCCUCAAGUGCUAUUAAGGACAUUGCCAAUUACUUCGCUAAGGAGCAGGGACAAGUAGCAGUAUUUGAUGCUACCAAUACCACGAGGGAGAGAAGAGGCGUCAUCAUCAGUUUUGCAAAGGAGAAGGGCUACAAGGUGUUUUUCAUUGAGUCGAUUUGUGACGACCCUGAAAUCAUUGAGGCAAAUAUAAUGCAAGUAAAAUUAAGCAGCCCGGAUUAUGAAAACUACGACAAAGAGGAAGCACUGGUGGACUUCCUGAAACGUAUUGAUUGCUACAAAAUGUCCUAUGUCUCCCUGGAUGAGGAAAAGGACAGGCACCUCUCCUUCAUUAAGAUCUUUAAUGUGGGAUCCAGAUACCUCGUAAACCGGGUCCAGGAUCACAUGCAGAGUCGUAUUGUGUAUUACCUCAUGAACAUCCACAUCACUCCACGAUCCAUCUAUCUGAGCCGCCAUGGAGAAAGUGAACUCAACCUGCUGGGACGAAUCGGUGGUGACUCAGGUCUCUCCUCACAGGGCCUAAAGUAUGCUAGGGCCCUCUCCGAGUUCAUCAGGGGUCAAUCCAUCAAGGACCUGAAGGUGUGGACCAGCCACAUGAGAAGGACCAUACAGACAGCCGAGGCACUGGGCGUCCCAUAUGAACAGUGGAAGGCGUUGAAUGAAAUCGAUGCGGGUGUAUGUGAAGAGAUGACGUACGAGGAAAUUCAGGCAACCAAUCCAGAAGAAUUUGCCUUAAGAGACCAAGACAAGUACCGCUACCGAUAUCCAAAGGGUGAAUCUUAUGAAGACCUGGUGCACCGUCUAGAGCCAGUCAUAAUGGAGCUUGAGAGACAAGAGAAUGUGCUGGUCAUCUGUCACCAGGCAGUCAUGCGUUGUCUACUGGCCUACUUUCUGGACAAAAGUGCAGAUGAUCUACCAUACCUGAAGUGUCCUCUGCAUACUGUUCUCAAACUGACUCCAUUAGCUUAUGGAUGCAAAGUGGAGUCCUUCUAUUUGAACAUCCAAGCAGUGAAUACUCACAGGGACAAACCUACAAAUGUGAAUAUCGCAAGAAAGCCAGAAGAAGCACUCCGGACUGUACCUGAACAUCUAUAAUCAUAAAAAACCCCCUAAAAUUUGCCAUUUUUGCACAAUUUAUCUACACAUACUGUAGCCUAUAUAGAUUGUGUAAACAGAUAGCAAGGUUGGAUGAAGAAUAUAAAAAAGGACAGAAGCAUGUGUUUUAUUAAGAUUAUUAAGACUUGAUUAUGGACAGUUUGGUCCAAAAGUCUGAGACCACAUCUGGGAAUGUUUUGUUGUUGUUGUUGUUGUUUUAAUAUGAAAGCAAAAAGGAUGACACUAUGAAAUGUAUUUUUUCCCAACUCUUUAAAUUAAUUAAACUCCUUUAAAUUAUGCUGAUCAUAUAUUUUGUUUUAAAUUAGAAAAUAAAAAACACAAUUUUUGCGUUUUCACUAGUGGUCUUGGGCUUUUGAAACC